GCAGCAGCUGCUACUAAUAACUGGCAUAGACGUAAUUGGUGGAUUCGUCAAAUUGCAGCAACAACAACAAACAAAAUGGAAGUGUUUAUUUGAUAUUUACUCGGAGCUACAUAAUCCCUAAAAAUUCGAAGGAGCUCCUGAACUCACCACGACAAAGGAGGCGUGUUUAUAGAAAGUUUUCAGGAAACAGGUCUUGACUAAACCCAACUGUGUUUCAGUGGACAUCAACAUUGUCUUGUGCGGUUAGAUAAACAACCGUAGUCAAAACAGCGGUCAAAAACAUGCAGGGCAGCGCUUACGGAGCCUCUCUGGCCGGUGGCACAUUUGAUGUAGGCAGCUUUAUCAGGCAGCCUCAGACCUGUCUGCGCCUCCUCAGCUGGUUAUUUUCAAUUGUGGUCUUUGCCACCAUCACGGGAGAAGGCUACAUUAACAUACCAUCGGAGCAGGAUGCCAAAUGCAUAUUCAAUAAAAAUGACAGUGCCUGCAGCUUUGGGGUAGCAAUUGGAGUCCUAGCCUUUCUGGCUUGUGUGGCCUUCACCAUCCUGGAUGCCUACUUCCCACAGAUCAGCAAUGCCAAAGAUAGAAAAUACAUUGUCCUCAGCGACUUGGGCUUCUCAGCACUUUGGACACUGCUUUGGUUUAUCUGCUUCUGCCUCCUGGCCAACCAGUGGUCCAACACCCCCAGCACUAGUCUUGUUAUCAUACCUGCUGAUGCCGCUCGUGCAAUCGUGGCCUUCUGCUUCUUCUCGAUCAUCACCUGGGGUCUUCUGAUCUACUUUGCAUAUGCGAGGUACCGCGAAGGUGUGAACGAGUUUGACACAGACUACAGAGACCCAGCCAGCGACCACAGUACUCCAUACCCACCUGCCAGUGCUCCCACUGGGUACCAGCAGUCGCCUUUCACCAACAACCAGGACCACACAGGGGAAUACCAACCUCCGUCUUAUUAAAUAACUGACAUUCGCGUACACCAAACCGAAUCGGGGAGUUUUCUUUUAAAUGAAUAAAUGUGCCAAAGUUUUCAUCUGCAUCCUGAACUCUUCUCUGCACUCCUAUUUUUUCCCCCCUCUUGCAAAAGUAUUUGCAAAUGUUUUGAGUGCACUGAUGCCUUUCAGUUUGAUUCAUUGUUUUUAGUUGUCCGGUGGAUGUUUGGUUUUGUCUUUUGCAGUGAUCCACACAGUAGGUAAACUCUAAAAAAAAUUGAAUUUUGUUUGAAGGAGUCGUUGUUAAACUAACCAAUUCACCUGAAGUUGUUCAAGUGCCUUUGUUUGUUUCAUUUUUUACUUUCAUUUUUGAGGUGCAACUAAGGAGCUGCUUAUAUUGAAGCACAAUUCAACCAACGGCCUUCUUUUUGUUGCCAAGAAAUCAGCUUUAAUUUCUAAAAAAAUAUUCUUUAUAAACCAUCACUGUGUGGUGCAGAUUUAUGUAAUACUGUCAAAUGUUCAAUUCAGCCAAUAUUUCUGAAACUUUAUCAUUUUUUGGCCCACUUGGUGUUAAAUUCAUCUCUCUUUAACUACUGUACUGCCCUUUUCUUUCUUUCACUAAUUGUCAACCACUGAUAAAAGCUUGUAUGCACUGACACUGGGAGCAGUUAGUUUCAAAUGUAUAAUUUGACAGAGCUGUUAAUGGCUUAAAUCCACCUUUUAGGUUACCUUUGUUGUAGAAGUUGCAUUUAAAGAGGUUUCUAAGCAGAGCAGGUUCAGUCAUUGAUAUAUUUAUUCUGGACAUGAUUAUUUUAGGUUGGGUUAGUGACAAUCAUGCUUUUUUUUUCUGGAAUGCUUUACAACAUGCAAAAACUUUUAUUAUGACACUUUGAAGUGUUUCCUCAUCAAAGUGCCUUAUACAGUGUUCUGUAUAACACAGGGUGUGUCAAAUAAAAAUUGACCUAAUUUUGGA